GGCUAUGGGUGGGUGUGUGGCCUCAAAUGAGGACAGGGCUCUGUUCUUCUCAGCCCUCCCCAGGCUCUUUCCCAGUCCUGGCCUGAGCUAGGUCAUGAUGAAGAGCUCAGCCUACUUUCCUUUCCUGUAUCUCUGUGCCAAGCCUCAAGGGUCAGAUAAAAUUGCUUCCUUCUGGAGUCUCAGUUUUCCUAUCCAUAUAAUGGAGAGCUGACUACCUACCUCCCAAGGGUUUGUGAGAGUAGCCUAAGGCAAUAUAAUAAAGCAGCUGCCCAUGAUACCCAGAAAUGGCUCCAAGUUUGUGUAUUAGCAGUCUUCCCCCGCCUGGGGGGCAGGCUGGACCUGCCAAGUCCGACAGGACCAGGGGCAGGCUGUGGUUUCCUCACAGGGUCUUGUUGGUUGUUAAGUGGGUGGGGAGCUUCUCCUGGUGAGGGCCUCACUUGUGUAGUAUGACCUAAUGGAAAGACAUGGCUCCCAGUCUCACCACACACCCUUGCCUGUGCCCCAGUAUCCAGGCUUUUCAUCUUCCUGACCCCUCCAGACUGAGGCCAGCCCUUAUAGUACCCACUCAGCCUUCACUACAGCUUUCCUUUCCUUUUUAUUUGUCUGGUGUCUGAUCUUCCCAGCAACUCCCCCCCUCCACCCCUCUCAGGGAGGUGCCUCAUGGCAGCCCGCCCCUUCACACUGGUUUCCUCAGGAAAGGCCUUGGAAGGAAGCAGGGAGGGGGUUGGGAGCUGUGGGGGCCAGACUAACCCAAACCCUCCGGCUGAACGGGCCGCCAUGGGACUAAGGCUGCUGCUACUGUUGCUGCUCUGGACACAGGGGACCCAGGAGUCCAAGCUGGACCCCAAUGGGCAGCAUGUCUGCCUGGCCAGCAGCCCCUCUGCUGAUAUCCAGUGCUGCCCAGGCUGGAGGCAGAAAGAUCAAGAAUGCACUAUCCCCAUCUGUGAAGGGCUAGAUGCCUGCCGGGAAGAUGAAGUCUGUGUGAAACCAGGCCUCUGUCGAUGCAAACCUGGAUUCUUCGGGGCCCAGUGCAACUCCCGCUGCCCCGGCCAGUACUGGGGUCCCGACUGCCGUGAGAUCUGUGCCUGCCACCCACACGGCCAGUGCGAGCCGGCCACGGGUGUGUGCCACUGCCAAGCGGACCGCUGGGGCGGCCGUUGUGAGUUCGCUUGCGCCUGCGGCCCGCACGGGCGUUGCGACCCCGCGACGGGCGCGUGCAGCUGCGAGCCCGGCUGGUGGUCCUCCACUUGCCGCCGCCCGUGCCAGUGCAACCCUGCGGCGGCGCGCUGCGAUCAAGCCGACGGCUCCUGCCGCUGUGAGCCGGGAUGGUGGGGCCGCCGCUGCAGCUUCCGCUGCGCCUGCCAUGGCUCCCCGUGCACACAGGAGACCGGCCGCUGCGUCUGCCGCCCGGGCUGGUGGGGCCCCGAGUGCCGGCAGCAGUGCGAGUGCGUGCGCGGUCGCUGCAGCGCCGCCUCCGGCCAGUGCGCCUGCCCGCCGGGCUUCCGCGGUGCCCACUGCGAGCUGCCCUGCCGCGCCGGCAGCUACGGGCCUCACUGCCGCGACAGCUGCGGUCACUGCAAGCACAAGGAGCCAUGCUCUGUAGACACAGGCAGCUGUGAGUCCUGCGAGCCGGGCUGGAACGGAACCCAGUGCCACCAGCCCUGCCCACCUGGCACUUUUGGCGAGAGCUGUGGACAGCUGUGCCCCCACUGCCGGCUUGGGGAGGCCUGUCAGCCAGACACUGGGCACUGUCAACACUGUGACCCUGGGUGGCUGGGGCCCAGGUGUGAAGACCCCUGCCCGACUGGCACCUAUGGGGAGGGCUGUAGCUCUGUCUGCCACACCUGUGUUCAGGGGACCUGUGAUGCUGUGACUGGAGAGUGUAUCUGCCAUGCUGGCUACUGGGGACCCAGCUGCAACACUUCAUGCCCACCUGGUUUCCAUGGCAACAACUGCUCUGUUCCCUGUGAAUGUCCAGAGGGACCCUGCAACCCUGUCUCUGGGGCCUGCCAGCUGGGGCACCACAGUCGGGAUGCAGCCCUCAUAGCUGGCAUCCUUGUGCCUCUGCUGCUGCUUCUCCUGGGCCUCAUUUUCUGUGCCUGCUGCUGCUGGGCCGCCCGGUUGGACCCCAAGGACAGGCCAGCAAGCGAUGGAGCUGCUGUGACCAGGAUGAAGCUGCAGGUCUGGGGGGCGCUGAGCAGCCUGGGCUCGGCACUACCCUGUGGUAGCUUCAGCAGCCACAAGCUUCCCUGGGUGACAGUCUCUCACCAUGACCCGGAGAUCCCCUUCAACCACAGCUUCAUUGAGCCACCCUCGGCCGGCUGGGCCUCAGAUGACUCCUUCUCUUCUGAUCCCGAGUCCGGAGAAGACGAGAGCCCGGCCUACUGUGUACCACCCCAAGAAGGGAUGGUCACUGUGGCCCACGGAGAGUUUCCAGAAGCCAGCCUGGCUGGAGGCCCCGUCCCUCCCCCCGAGGACGCCUCCACCCCAUUUCCCAUCCCGCGCACUUCCAGCCUCGCCCGGGCCAAACGGCCGUCAGUCUCCUUUGCCGAAGGCACCAAGUUUGCCCCACAGAGUCGCCGAAGCUCAGGGGAAAUCUCCAGUCCUCUCCGAAAGCCCAAGAGGCUCUCCCGGGGGGCCCAGUUGGGCCCUGAAAGCCAGGAGGCUGAGGAGUCCAUGGACUCAGAGAAAGCAGAAAUGGAUGAAACCCUUCCUAGUGCUGCCAGCCCCAGGGAUUCAACCACUGGCCGCCGCCGGCUACCUCUUGGUGGCCGGACAGUGGCUGAGCGUGUAGAAGCCAUUGAGGGCAGUGUCCUGGAGGGCUCAGGCUCUGUGACUACGAUCUACAUGCUGGCAGGGACACCCCAGUUAUCUGAGGGCCCUGUCCGGUCUGUUCUCCGCCGUUUUGGUAGCUUCCAGAAAGGCCAGGCAGGGCCCAAGGUCAAGAGUGCCAUCCCCAAGCCUCCACGCCGGGCCCUUAGUCGAAAUAAGGGCAGCCCUGGACUAGCCUCUGGCUCUGCCAAGCAGAGCCCCAGCCUAGCCCCCAAUGAAGAGCUUACUAGGUCCUUAGAGUCUGUAGGAACUGGGCCAGAGGAAGUGGCCAGGGGGCUGGGGGAUGGUACCAAGAAUUCAGGAAGGGCCCAGGAGCUGACCCCUGACAGUGGCCCCCAAGAACAGGAUCCCCAAAAGCUGGCUGAUGAGAAAGAGCAGGAGGAGCCCCAGUAUGAGAACGUUACACCCAUCUCUGGGCUACCAGCACCCUGAGAACCAUGAAUUUGGAGAGUGGGAAGACUGUGGAUAGGGGUAGGCUUCUGAACUGCCCCUGGAUCAGACUGUGUUUUGCUGGAAAAAGAUCUCAGGGCCAGGAAAGACAGACCAGAGCCUCUGCCCUUUCAUGGGGAAACGUCAGAGCUGGAGGCCAAUUGGCUCUGGGCCCUGGCAGUGCUCUGGGAGUGGUCUGGAAGGCCUGGGCAGAGACCCCAUGGGGUGGAGUCAGGAAGGGGAAAGAGAUGACUGCAGGGACUUUUUUUUCUGUUUUCCUAGACUCUGCCCCAAAAGGCUAUUCUUUCCUCCAUUUGCAAAACAUUUUUCUGAAAUGGGAAACAACCUAAAUGAUGACAAAAGAUUGGUUAAAGAAAGAUUGCUUAGGAUAGGUCUCUAAACAACCACAAAAAUCACAUUGUGUAAGAAUAUUUAAUAUGGGAAAUAGGGGAGACUGUUUAUGCUCAACUGUUAAGUGUAAAAAAUAAGGUGUCUUUUUAUAAAUUUCAUUUCUUUUUGCUUCAGGCUACAUGUUUAGAAUUCUCCCACUUUGUGUAUAUUUUGUGAUUGUUUUACAAACUUAUUUUUUCUGAAGGAUGUAUGUGCAUAAAAAAUUUUGAGGGAGAGGCAUCAAAUGGCAUUUUUUUGGGGGGGGAUGAGAUUGUAGCUAAUAUUUAUUUUCUUAAACUUUUGUAUUAUUUGUAAAUUGUCAUUAGUGAACAUUCUUUUUACUUUUCUCAUUAGAUUUUUAAAAAAAUAUUAAAACAAUGUUUUUUGUGAAAAAUUUUAAAAAGUACUAACAUUAUAGACAUGUAUAAAGUAAAAAAGAGAUUUCCCUUUUCCUCAGAGGAACCUGAGGGACAGGGGAGGGACCAGACUUAACUUGUCUCUGAAUGUCUUUUGGUCUUGUUUGAAAUUUUUUUCUCACAUACAUGAAUUACCUAGUCAGUACAGAAACAGCAGCUUCCCCUUCUAUCCCAGUGCUCAGAGAAUCUGGUGAACAGUUCAGAUCUUUCCUUUCAGAUGUUUUUCUGGACACAUGAAAACAAAAGAUCAUAUUGUUGUACACUUUGUGUUUUUACUUAACAAUACAGUUUGGUUAUAUUUUGAUGUCCGUAAAUGUAAAGCUACCUCUUUUUAUUAAAAAAAUGGCUACAUGGAAUUCCAUCAUGUGGAAAAAACACAGAUUAUUUAAACCAUUCCCCUACCCGUGGAGAUUUGGGUUGUUUCUAAUCAUUUUGAUGCAAUAAAUGACACAGUGUACUAUUCUGUCCAUAUUUCUUUUUGCACUGUGCAUGUUUUUCUGCAGAAGAGAUUCCUAGAAGUGGAAUUGCUGGGUGAUAGGAUAAGACAUUAAAUAUUUGGGCACGCACUUUACAUUGCCCUCCAAAAAAGUUACAUGGUUUUGUAUUCUCACAAAUGAUAGCAAGAUCUAUUUCCGCACACCCGGUCUAAUAGGCUGAAAUGGUAUCUCAUUAUCUUAGCAUGAUAGAAAUAAUAAAGUGAUAACAUGCUAAAACUUUUUAAGAAGUUAAAAGUUUUGUACAGAUAAAAGGGUUUUUUACAUUUGUUUUUUAACUAUCAAAAAAUCGUAUCAUUAAAAUGUGAAUUUCUAUGCUUAUUCUAA